UCACACAACGCGUUUCAGUCUGACGCGUUUAAUCACAAUAGUGUGAAACCCGUGAAGAAGAGAAGGGAGGGGUGUACCUGACCGAACCGUUUAGCACUGAGGCUAUAUAUUAUUCACCGGAUCAGAGAUCACAAUACAACCGAAGAGAACAACGAGGAGUCCUUGCGUGUACUAGGAUAUCCACCCAUCUAGUCUUACUUGCCUUUAUUUAUCAAUUGCUUUAUUUUCCGAAGUCCUGUUCAUCGAUCUGUUCAGUUAAAAUGAAUCGGACAGGGAGCCUGUGCACAUUUGAAGAAAUCAGAUGGGACGACAGAGUGAACGGGCGCAGGCGGCUCAGACUCACUCUCCACGACCAGAACCAACAGCAGCCCAUCACAGAAAAGCCAAUUGGCAGAGCUUUUGCUUUGGUGCAACCAACCUAUGAACGGCAACCAGAGAGCUGGACAAAACAGGACAAGACAGAGCGGAUCAAGCCAUCUGAGGGUCAAGUCGAGGUCCUUAAGGUUUAUCUGGACGAACGUAAACAAGCCCAAACCAGACACCAACAGAGCGUGAAGAUGCUUUCAGAAGAAGUUUCACAAAUACAGGAGGUGAGAUAUUGUCUGAAGAACCUCCGGGAGCAAAUGGCAGCCAAAAGUCACAGGACCGAACACAAGCUGGUUUUAGCUGGUACUGGCCCGAGAAACGUUAAUGGUGUUAAUGGUACUCAUUCUGUGCUCACAAAGACUCUGAACGGCUUUGAAAGACAGGAGAGUAUGGAUGAGCAGGAACGAGAGAGGAUGAGAGAGGCCAGUAAGCGUCUGUACGCUCAAAUGCAAGACGCAGAAAAGAGACACCAGGAUGAACGAGAGAGACUGCUGGUAGAAGCUCAGCAGUACAAGCAGCAGCUUUCAGAGCAGACUGACUAUCUGAAGAGAGUUCAGCUGACCAAAGAGCAGCAGGAUCAAGAGAUUGAAGACCUGCGCCGUCUUAUGAGCGGGAUGGAGCAGGAGAGCUCCACUCUCAGAGAGCAGCUGAUGAUCAGAGAAGCCGAUCUCCUUCAGCUCCGGGAACACAGGGAGGAGGGCCAAGCAGGGAGAGAGAGGUCAGAAGAGCUGGUAAAGGAGAACGCUAUUCUGAAAGAGAAGAUUCAUCACUUGGAUGAUAUGCUUAAAAGUCAACAGCGAAAACUCCGGCAAAUGAUUGAACAGCUUCAGAACUCUCGCAUGGUGAUCCAGGAGAGGGACAGAGUGAUCAGAGAGCUGGAGGAGAAGGUGGCCAUGCUGGAGGCAGAGAACAAACAAAUGCGUGAUCAGAUGGAUUAUUACCUCGAAGGUCAAAGGUCGAAUUCAUACCUGCCAUCGGAUAGCAACGCCCAGAUUGUCUACAGCAAGCCACUGAGACCCUCCACCCAGACCAACAAGAAUCUGCCCUUCAUCAAGGUCAUUGAAAUCAAAUCGUGAAGGUUACCACAGCACUGUUUUGUGACAGCAGCACCAUCAGCACACAGUGGAUGUGAUGGGUCCACAGGCACCACCACACAAUGACCACACACCAUCACGGGCCUUCACCAGAGGACAUUCAGAUUGCCUAACUGUCCACAGUUUUUCAAUACUUGCAGAGUGACAUUGCAGUUAUGUGUACAACAUGUCUGUUGCCUAUCAAUAAUAUUAUUGCCGUCAUGUAUUCAAACAUUGAUGUAACUCUUGUUAGGUUUGACGAAACAGGACUGUUAAAGUGUCAUAUAAUAAUGAAGGAAUCAUAACUGAAAUAACAGUGAAGGAAGACCAGAUGGAUGCUGGGAGUAUUUUGGUAUUUAUUGAGGCUGGACCUCCAAAGACGACGCAGCCCCUCGCUGACCAUUAAUGGACAGACUGUGUUGUUAAACACCCUCUUUGGAGCUCUCUUGAUCUCUUUUAAUCCGCAUUAACUUCACUGAAAACCUUUAAUUCAAUCAGAGGUUCUUAUUCUGUAUUAGAGUCACACGUGCAGAUGUGUUAAAAGGAUGAAAGAGAGAUGGAAAGAAUAUUUCCAUUGUAUUAUAUGAAGGAAAGUGAUGUGAAAAUCAUUCCUUACUGUUUUUUUAUACAUUUCUAUCUGAAUUAAGGCAGGAAAAUGUGGUGUGGCUAUUGACAAUAUGGCAAACAAAUUGGGCUUUGGUUUUUCAAAUGAAGGGUCAAAGGUCAGGCAAAGGAUCAGACAGGCCAAGCCCUCAUUUCACAAGCAACAUGGGCUAUUUUAGUAGAGGACAGUCUGGGAACGUGAACAGCAGUCACAAGCGUUGUUUAUGUCUUUACUAAUGUUUCUAUGAUACAGCGACAAUGCUGAAGUAAUUUGAUGAAGGGUGAGAUUCAGGUUUUCUUACUGCUGCACACUCCCUUUGAUGCUUAUUUGGUAUCUGAGUCAAAACUGAAACACGUUUAUAUUUGGUCUACAUACUUUGCUCAACCAAAGAUUUCAGCAGGGACAAUCCAAUGACUUGACCAAACAAUCUUGUGAAUGUUUCAUAAGUCUGAAAGAAUGUAACACAUACCCCCCACUGCGUCACCAGUCCAGGUCGAUAGGGCACAGUGUGGCCUCUGUUCUCAGUUCCAGCGAAACGACACAGUACAAUCGAGUUACUCACUUAGCCAUUUACAAUAUUCAUUAAAGUGAUUUUAUUGUACCUGAAGUUCAUCUUGAUUGGAGCACCUGCCCUCCACAAGGACCGAAUGAAAUACCUGCAUCAGAGAUUAUUUAUAUAUAAACCUAAUAUUUAAUUCCAAACAAAGAUGUUGAAAUAUGCAUUUCAUUGCCAUGUUUAUACACUUUCACUUUUGUAAAUACUGCUUGUAUGCUUUUUUCUUUGUGUGAACUGACCCUUUAUGAAUUCUUCAGAAAGGGCUCAUAACUAGUUUUUGAUUAAUAUUUUUGUAGUGAAACGAAUUCUUUUCAAUCAAGCUUAAAUUAAUGCCAACGCAGUUUGUGUUUUAUUUAAAUAAAAUAGUUUUCUGAGA